UCGUACAAACAUGAUUAUUUAUUCCAUCCAAGCUAAGUUAUCUUUAUUCAUCAAACAAACUUGAAAUGUAUUUGUAUUUGUAUUUGAAUUGAUCAUAUUCUCUGUCUAUGCUCCCGGCCUCUUCAAAACUCAAACCACUAGCUCAAUCUCCGUCUCUUGUUUAUAUAUAUAUAUAUAUAUAUAUAAUAAUAACUAGUAAGGAAGUUGAAGGCAAGUAACAAAGACAAGAUAAUUUAGGGGGUGUAACCUGUAACCUGUUAGCAAUACUAAGAAUCAUGUCCUAUGAUUCUUGGAUCACCUCUCUUUCAUGUACAAGUCCAGUUGCUUCAGAAAAUCAUUCAUCUUUGUCUUUAUCACAAUGGACUAAGUUCAUUUUUCUUUCUCCAUGUCCCCAAAGAGCCUUGCUUUGUUUUGUUGAUGCUGUCUUCUUGCUUGUGAUCUUCGGUAUCUUACUGUACCACAUCGUUCAUAAAUUCUUCUUAAGAAAAUGUUAUGAUCCAAACAUAACGAGAACUGUAACAACUAGAAACCCAGUUCAUGUUCAGACAAAUAUUUGGUAUAAACUGUCCUACAUUGUAACAAUUUUGUUAUUAGUUGUUCAUUUAGUAGUUUCUGCAUUAGCCUUCAGUAGUAAAACUAGUGAGUUGCAAUGGAAGAUGGUGGAGGAAACAUUUGGGAUUAUUCAAGUGGUAACUUACGCGGUCAUAGCAGUCUUGAUUGUACUUGAGAGGAGGUCUGAGGCAACUGAACAUCGAUUUUCACUCCAACUGUUUUGGAUUGCUAGCUUCUUGAUCUACUCAUUAUUCGUGGUUUCAGGGUUAUUACGUUUAGUAACAUUAAACCAUGAUGCUGGAGGGCCUGAUUUGAGGUUAAACGAUAUGCUUUCCUUUAUAUCUUUUGCAUUAUCAGUUGUUCUUCUUGUGGUUUGCAUUAGGGGAUCAACCGGGAUAAUGUUCUUAAGACGAGAACCAUCUUUAAUAGAUGAUGGAAAUUCAUACAGUGAACCUCUGUUAGAGAAUUCAUUUGUCAGUGAUUAUGCAAAUGCUUCAGUAUUGUCUAAAGUAUUCUGGUUGUGGAUGAACCCCUUGCUUAGUAAAGGUUACAGAAGACCUUUAGCUGUUAAUGACGUCCCAUCUCUUUCCCCUGAACACGGGGCUGAGAAAAUGUCUAUACUCUUUCAGUCUAAAUGGCCUAAGCCACAUGAAGAAUGCAAGAAUCCUGUUAGAACCACUCUUUUCAGGUGUUUCUGGAAAGAAAUGGCAUUCACUGCUUUCUUGGCACUUGUUAGAAUUUGUGUCAUGUUUGUUGGACCCUCUUUAAUACACAAAUUCAUUGAUUUCACUUCGGGUGUAAGAAGUUCCCCCUACGAAGGGUACUACCUAGUCCUUGUUCUCCUGAUCGGGAAAGUAGUAGAGGUUUUGACUUCACAUCAAUUCAACUUCCACUCUCAAAAGCUUGGGAUGCUAAUCUGUUCUACACUUGUAACCAAUUUGUACAAGAAAGGACUAAAGUUAUCAUGCUCGGCUAGGCAGACUCAUGGAGUUGGACAGAUUGUAAAUUACAUGGCUGUUGAUGCUCAACAACUCUCUGAUAUGAUGCUGCAACUCCAUGCUAUUUGGCAAAUGCCUCUGCAAGUCUGUGUGACUUUAAUUCUCCUCUACAACUAUAUUGGUGCAGCUGCUAUUACUGCAUUGAUAGGAAUUCUGGGGGUUCUACUGUUUAUGCUGUUUUGUAUGAAAAGAGACCGCAAAUAUCAAUAUUACGUGAUGAAGAACCGGGAUUCUAGAAUGAAGGCUACUAAUGAAAUGCUAAACUACAUGCGAGUAAUCAAAUUUCAAGCAUGGGAAGAGCAUUUCAACAAACGCAUCCAAUCAUUCCGUGAUUCAGAGUUUAAGUGGCUAGCUAAGUUUCUCUACUCAUUUGCUGCCAAUAUGGUAGUGUUGUGGUCCUUACCUUUGGUGGUAUCAACCCUCACAUUUGGCACUGCUAUCCUUUUGGGUGUUUCAUUUGAUGCAGCAACAGUAUUUACAACUACAACACUUUUUAAGAUGCUGCAAGAGCCAAUCAGGACUUUCCCGCAGUCUAUGGUUUCAAUUUCUCAAGCUGUUGUUUCAUUGGCAAGGCUGGAUGAUUUCAUGACAAGUAGGGAACUUGUGGAAGAAUCUGUGGAGCGAAUUGAAGGCUACAGUACUACAGCGGUAGAAGUCAGAGACGGGUUUUUUAGCUGGGAUGAUGAAGGUGGGGAAGAGGUACUAAAAAACAUAAGUUUAAACAUAAACAAAGGGCAGCUUGCGGCUAUUGUUGGUACUGUUGGAUCAGGGAAAUCCUCUUUACUUGCCUCAAUCCUCGGUGAAAUGCACAAAACUAAUGGAAAGGUCAGAGUUUGUGGGACUACAGCAUAUGUAGCUCAGACAUCAUGGAUACAGAAUGGAACAAUUCAGCAGAAUAUCCUGUUUGGUUUGCCUAUGAACCAAGGGAAGUAUAGAGAAGUUGUGAGGGUUUGCUGUUUAGAGAAGGAUUUGGAAAUGAUGGAGUUUGGAGAUGAGACUGAGAUUGGAGAACGCGGCAUAAACCUGAGUGGUGGGCAAAAGCAACGAAUACAACUUGCUAGAGCUGUCUAUCAAGACUGUGAUAUUUAUCUGCUUGACGAUGUCUUCAGUGCUGUUGAUGCUCAUACCGGAUCACAGAUAUUUAAGGAGUGUGUAAGAGGAGCUCUAAGGGAUAAAACAGUUAUUCUUGUUACUCAUCAAGUGGACUUUUUGCAUAAUGUUGAUCUCAUCUUGGUAAUGAGAGAUGGCACAAUUGUGCAAGGAGGAAAAUACGACAACCUUUCAGAAACAGGCACGGAUUUUCAUGCCCUUGUAGCUGCCCAUGAGACUUCUAUGGAGUUGGUUGAAGGAGGCACCAGUGACCGUUGGAAAGAUUCACACCAACAUAAGAACUCUCCUAAAGCAUUGUCAAGUCACGGUGAAGUAAGUAGGGUUGACUGUUCUAUUACCAGAUCCAACUCAGAAAAGGGUGACUCUAGGCUGAUCAAGGAAGAAGAAAGAGAAACUGGGAAAGUCAGUUUACACAUCUACAAAGUUUACUGCACAGAAGCUUUUGGAUGGUGGGGUUUAGCUGCUGGUUUGUUGUUCUCUUUGUCUUGGCAAUCAUCUAUAAUGGCUGCUGACUACUGGCUGGCUUAUGAAACCUCUGCAAAGCGCGCUUCAUCUUUCGACCCUUCUUUCUUUAUUACCAUCUAUUCAAUUAUUGCAGCUAUUUCUAUUAUAUUGGUCUUCUUUCGGUCCUUUUUCAUUAUGUUUUUUGGGAUGAAGACGGCCCAGAUUUUCUUCACCCAAAUUCUCCACAAUAUUCUUCAUGCUCCCAUGUCAUUCUUUGAUACUACUCCAUCAGGCAGAAUUUUAAGUCGGGCUUCCAGUGAUCAGACCAAUGUUGAUGUGUUUGUACCUCUUUUUAUGAACCUUGCACUUGCCAUGUACAUGACACUAGUAAGCAUCAUCAUUGUCACUUGUCAGUAUGCUUGGCCAACCGUGUUCCUCCUAAUUCCACUAGGGUGGUUAAAUAUGUGGUACAGGGAUUAUUAUCUAUCAACAUCACGUGAACUGACUCGCCUUGACUCAAUCACAAAGGCACCUGUUAUUCAUCACUUCUCAGAAAGCAUUUUGGGAUUCAUGACAAUCCGCUGUUUCAGAAAGCAAGAAAACUUUAUUCAGGAAAAUGUCAAUAGGGUAAACAUGAACCUUCGCAUGGAAUUUCACAACAACGGAUCAAACGAAUGGUUAGGUUUCCGUUUGGAACUUCUUGGGAGCUUACUCCUCUGCAUAUCAACACUAUUCAUGAUCCUCCUUCCAAGCAGCAUCAUCAAGCCAGAGAAUGUUGGAUUGUCACUCUCAUAUGGGCUGUCCCUCAACUCUGUGCUGUUUUGGGCUAUAUACAUGAGCUGCUUUGUGGAGAAUAGAAUGGUUUCUGUUGAGAGGAUAAAGCAAUUUACUGAAAUCCCUUCUGAAGCUGAAUGGACUUUCAAGGAUCCUGUCCUUCCACCAACUUGGCCAGCACAAGGCAAUAUUGAGCUGAAAAACUUGCAGGUUAGAUAUAGGAUUAAUACUCCUCUUGUACUGAAGGGAAUAACAUUAGGCAUUAAAGGAGGAGAAAAAGUUGGUGUGGUUGGAAGAACAGGAAGUGGAAAAUCAACUCUGAUUCAAGUGUUCUUUAGGCUUAUUGAGCCCUCUGCUGGUAGAAUUGCUAUUGAUAAUAUUGACAUAUCAAUGGUAGGACUCCAUGAUCUUAGGUCUCGCUUUGGGAUCAUUCCUCAAGAACCUGUUCUUUUCGAAGGGACUAUAAGGAGCAACAUUGACCCUACUAGCCAGUAUUCAGAAGAUGAAAUCUGGAAGAGUCUUGAAAGAUGCCAACUGAAAGAUGUGGUGACUUCCAAACCUGAGAAACUCGAUGCUCCUGUGGUUGAUAAUGGAGAUAACUGGAGUGUGGGGCAGAGACAACUUCUGUGCUUAGGCAGAGUCAUGUUGAAGAAAAGCCGAGUAUUGUUUAUGGAUGAGGCUACUGCUUCUGUAGACUCACAAACAGAUGCAGUGAUUCAAAAGAUAAUUAGAGAAGACUUUGCAGAUUGUACAAUUAUCAGCAUUGCUCACAGGAUACCUACAGUAAUGGACUGUGAUAGAGUUCUUGUUAUAGAUGCAGGGAAAGCAAAGGAAUACGAUUCCCCGUCACAGUUACUUGCAAGGCCAUCGCUCUUUGGGGCAUUGGUUCAAGAGUAUGCCAAUCGCUCAUCCGGGUUCUGAUUUUCAGUCCUGAUUGAUAUGUUAACCUUUGGAGAAAUUAAUCAUAAUUUUGGAAUAAGAUUGUUUGCUAAGUCACUAUAGUAGUGGUUAUGGCCCAACUGUGUGGAACUGCUAUGGAAAAUGAACUACAAGGAAUCAAGGAUGCUGUAGUAGGCCUAGCAGCUAAAAAUUCUGGAAAUUUCUUCAGGCAGAGAUUUUUCUCCUGCUAUUUA